AAAAGAACGGCGGAUUAAGCAUCACAUCUGAAGAAGAAGAAUGAACACGAGAUCUGAAAUUCCUGCAGAUUUGUUCUUGAUUUCGCGAAAUCGAUAGCACAUUUUCGCUCCACUGCUGUCAACUUUAAUUUGGAGGUCAUUCAUGGAUUUCAUGAAGGUCCUCAAUCAGACUGUCCGCGAAAUAAAGAGGGAGGUGAAUCUAAAGGUGUUGAAGGUUCCGGAAAUCGAACAGAAGGUGCUUGAUGCAACAGAUGAUGAACCUUGGGGCCCUCAUGGAACUGCAUUGGCAGAAAUAGCACAGGCAACAAAAAAACUUUCUGAAUGUCAGACGGUUAUGAAUGUUCUGUGGACAAGAUUAGGCGAGACUGGCAAAGACUGGCGCUAUGUGUAUAAGGUGUCUCAAAUCUUCCAUUAUCUACCUAUAAGUCAAUUAAUACGAGUAGAAACUUUCAUUUCUCUUUCUAAAUAUUGUUGGCCCAAUUUCACACGUUGAAUAUCUAAACUGCUUCUACAUCUGGCAUUGGCUGUUAUAGAGUAUUUGAUUUCUCAUGGAUCUGAGCACGCUGUUGAUUAUAUAAUAGAACAUACUUCCAGAUCUCUGUAAGGCCUAUUCUCAUAUAUUCUCUCAGAUUCAGACAGUCCAUUCACAACUGAUAUUCAGAUUAAAGUUGAAAAUUUUUUCUAAUAGUUUGUUUCCCCUCCUUGUUGUGCAUUGUUAAAGUCGCUUACAAUUACAAGCUUAGAAUAUGUUGACCCAGGCGGGAAAGAUAUGGGAAUUAAUGUGCAGAAGAAGGCAGAAAAUAUAGUGAGUCUUUUGAAUAAUAAAGAUAAAAUACAAGAAUCUAGAAAUAAAGCCACUACAAACCAUGACAAGUAAGUGUAUUCUUCAGGAACUGAAACCAUAAGGUUAACUGUAACAUUGUUCUUGACUGAGCAUUAUGAUAACUGCAAAAAUUUCUAGUUAUUUUGGCUUUCAUCUACCGGAAUAACAUACAAGUCUGAUGCGCCCACAUAUAGCAGCAGGGGCUUUAGUGGUGUUAGGUAUGGUCCGUAUGGAGGCCUAAGUGGUACACGAGAUGGUGACAGUUUUCAGUUCAGCAAUAAAGAAAGGGACCGGUAUGGUGAAGAAAAGAUUGAUACAGAUACCAAUGGAAAGCCACAUCAAUUGGCUUCAAGUGAGAACCAAGGAAACACCUCGAAGAAAGAAUACUCACACUAUGGCAGCAAGGAUCAAGAGCAUAAAUUCUCAUCAUGGUCAAGCAUGUCCAAUAAAUAAUGUCAAAGCACAAACUCUCACUCAAAUGGUUAUGAUGAUGACAAUUUUGAUGAUUUCAAUCCCAGGGGAACAUCUAGUACUGGUAAGGGUAUAGACUAUAUGAUUACACUUUGAAUUGUCAGACUUAAACAUCAAAUCAGUGCAUGCAAUGCCUGUUUGGACUAGACAUGAAACGUUUUAAACUGUUUUGGAAUGGCCAACCAGAGAAUCUUUCAACCAUACAGAGCUAGCAGUUGAGGUGUUUUAUUAUUGUUUUGGGUUUAAUAUAGCAUCAUACUUCCAUCAUCUUGCACAUAUCAGGUGCCAGAUUUAUUUUUGAACAUAUGUUGAAAUUGUAGAAGGACAAGCUGUAUGAGAUCGAAUGGGGGAGAGAAACUUCUUAGGCCUUGAAAACUUGUAGGAUGUUAUAGUUUGUCCACUUUUAUGGAAUAAUAGGAAAAAAUUGAGAUCCCUAUUCCCUGGUCCUUUUCUUUUCGCUGAUCGUAGAUAAU